GAUUACAAACUUGUAAUGUACUCUAAUCUGAAUCUGAAAAUUACCUUUGUUGUUGAUUAUCUUUGCUUUUGUUUUAGGUGAGCUGACAAGAUGUGGGGCAGUACAUCUAACAAGUCAUCCCAACUAAAUCCGAGCCUGAUGCAGAGUCGAAAUACAAGGCAAGGUAAUUUGGCCUCGGCAUGGAAUACAGUCAACAAGACCAAAGUUGCUUUGCGACACAUAGAAAACAGGCUGGAAGCUAUACCCACCACUACUGCAGUGAUAGACACAGUGAUGGAUACUAAGAAAACUUCAAGCAGUGCUACUCGAAAAAUCAGUAGAAGGGAUGGAAGGUAUCUGGAGGAUUCUGUAGCCAGUGCUACAUCUGUCAAAUCCAGUAGUCGCAGCAAAUCACGGAAGGACAACACCUCCCGCAGCCCCUUGCGAUCUACCACUCUGGAAAGUAACAUUACAAAGAGCAGUCGAGUUGAAUUCAGAGAUCCGCUAACUACUUAUAGGGACUUGGAUGUCAGAGUUCCAUCAUAUCUGACUGCUAGCCAGCUGGAAGCUCAGCGCCUCCUUUCUGAACGUAAUUCUAAUGAAGUGCGAGGGAAGGAGAGUGAUGUUAGCCGCAUGAUAUAUGAGCGAGACAAUCGAAAUUAUCACUGUUUGGACAAUGAGAGUACGUGCUUGACAGCAAUAGAUGACACUGAGGUGAAGUAUCUCAACGACCGUUUAGCACUUGAUGGUCUGCACAGCUCCGAUGCACUUUACAAAACUCUUGGCCGAGGUGCUCUGGGUCAGAAAGGUGGCACUGAUAAAGGCCCCCACGUUAAGGUCGUGAGCCAUGAGUCUGAUGCAAAGAGUGAUCGACCUUCUGAACAGUCCCAUUUGUCCUCCCCAAGUUCCACGUCUGAGUCAGUCAUGCAGAAACUUGAGAUGAUGCGCCGGAAGCAGCAUGAUGACAAGCUUGAGAAGCUGAAGGAACGGAUCAGGAAGCAGCGAGAGCACUGUGAGGAAUCUGCUGAGAGAGAUCGACUACUGAACCUCUCUGAGCUGCCUGCAGUGCCUGCAAUGGAUCCUGCAGCUUCCACUGCCAAAGUGAGAAAGGUUGCUGCAGCACCACCUGCUCCGUCAUACAAAGGUUUCAACCCUAUGGAGACCAAAAUCCGAACACCGGAUGGCAAAGUGUGGCGUGAGGAUGAAUUGCAUGGUAUCAGUAAAGACCUAUACCGUGAUUUCACACUCCAGUUAACAGAGAGUAGCAAAAUGAAGGAAGCCACAUGUGAAAAAGUUAAAGAGAAGAAAAUCACUAAACCAGUGCGGAAAGUGCAAAAAGUUGCUCAAUCACCAAGCCCUGACGCUAAACCGAGUGCUCAUGUGAUCAGCACAGGCUCCUGGCGGGAAGGUAUAAAGCUGGUGAAGAUGGUUCUGGGACCUGCACCUAAACCAGUGAAGGAAAAUGAAAAGGCUGCCAUUGCAAGAGCUGGGAGAGAGAGGAUUGCCAGAUCAAGAAAUACCGCAAGAACAGACUUUGAUAUCAAACUCGAAGCUUCUAAAACUUUGCGCCCCAGAAGUUCUGAGAGGCAGAGAGCUGAACAGCAGCCAGAGACUGACCAAAGAAAGAAAGAGGGGCAGAAUGAAUUGGAUACGCUGAAUACACGUGUCCUGCCAGCGGAAGUACGAGGGAUUCUUGAUGACCUUCAGCUCAAGACAACCCAUCAGGACAUCCCAGCAGAAAAGACUAGUUUAGAAGAAGGUAAGCAGCCAGCUGGAGUCCGAUUCUCUUCGAGAAGUACGAGCCCUGUUAAGAGGAAGCAGGAGAGGCACAACCUGUGCACAGAAAUGCAGCUGAAGCGAUUGCGGCACUAUGAUGCGGAGGAAGUGCGCCAAUAUAUUGCCAGGCAGCAGGUAGAGAGGAAGAAGAGGCAGACAGAGGAGAAGAAAGCCCAGAAAGAAGCAAUGGAACAAAAGAACAAACGGCUGCAGGAACUCUACAGAAAGCAAAAAGAAGCUUUCUCCAAACCCAAGCCAGAACCAAUGUGUCAGAAACGUUUACAGGAGACAUUCUUGAAGUAUGUGUCUGAGCCAGCAAAAGUUGAAGAGCCAUCACACCAUCAAUUAGUGCAUCAAGAGAGACCGCAAAAGGCUGUUUACCAACCUUCAGGGGAAUCUGACAAAGAGAAUAAAGGUCAAGAACGGCCCCUUAGUGCCUCGUCAAGUAGCGACCUAUCUCUCUCCGACCCUCUGCAGCCUGUGGGAAGACAUGACCAUUUGGACCCUAGCUGGAUGCCAGCUCCUUGGCUGAACCCUGCAGUCCAACCAGACCACAGUGUCAGUGGAGCCAACCUCUUGUAUCCUCCGAAGGUGGAAUCUCAAAAUAUGCUGCCAAAGGAUUUGGAAACAGUAACAGAUAAGGAAGAUCCAUCUAAAGGGCAGGCACCUUCUCUUAAUCCAUUCUCUGGCUUCUCACCAUAUGACCACACAGCAGGUAUACAAAAGACUACAGCCCCACAAAAGAGUAGACUAGACCGCAUUGAGGCAUUGAAGGCAAUGGCAGCUUCCCUCUCCAGUCGAAUUGAGAAUGGAGCCAAAAAGCUUGCGGGUGUGGGCAUCAACUACGGUGUUGCACAGAGCUCUGAACAUGAUGUGCUCCAGACUGCAUGGGAUGAUGGGUAUUGGGGAAAGCCUGUCAGUCCACCAGUCCGUGAUGGUGGUAAGCAUAACAUCUCACCCAGAAUGCAUCGAACUAGAGGAGCCAAUGUGGGACUCACUACCUAUGAGGAUUGUUUACCAGGGGUUGGCAAUCUUUAUGAAUUUAAAAAGUUUGGUGAGUCACCCCAUUAUCAAGCUGCCUCAGCGGUGGCAGAUGUAGAGGCCAGGACUUCAGGGACUGACAAGCAGCAGGAAGUGAACUGGGAAAACACAUACAAGAGGUCACUUGAGGCCCUGGAGCAAGACUUGCAAAAGCUCAGCAGAGAGAGGAAUAAGUUUGAUUCUCCCCAUUCUAGUGGGGGGUCAAUUAGUGAAGGUCCACUACUGAGUGAAGGAAGUCUCUCAGAGGAGGAUGGUCUACAUAGUUGCAGAGACCCUGUCAAUUUAACGGAAAAACUAAAGGAUAAGGAAUUCUGUGCAGGUGAAUUGAGCCCUUCCAGACCAGUUUUAGAUUUCCAGAAAGAAGCAGAAAGGUACCAACCACUACAAAUACACCCAGAGGGAAGUAAGAGCCGAGCACCUUGGGAAGAGCUGGCCAAAGGAAGUCACCAUAGUGUGAUUAACAUCUUUACGAAGAGUUACCAGUUCAUUGGACAAGGAGGUUUAGAGGAAGAAUCUGACAAAAGCUCACCAACCUUGCAGCCUCUGAUGUCUACAGCAAGUCCUGAAGAAGUAGCUCUGUAUGAGGAUGAUUUCCUCUCCUCCCAGAGCAGCACAGCUUCGAGCAGGAAGGUCCCAUCAUACCAAAGCAGACCAUCCAGUACACAAGGUGAACAUCGAAGCAAAAGUUCUAUCAAUACAAGGUCUGGAGAGGUAUCCCCACAGUCCCCGGGACAACAUUCUACAGUCUCUUCCCGAACAUCUGACUCUUCAGGAAAGAAAUUAAAAGUAGACAGUGCUGAUGCUGCUGGGAGUGUGCAGCAUUCUCCUGUGGAUGGUGGUACUUGGGCAUCUGCCAGUAUUUCAGAACGGAGCUCCCCUGAAGGAAGCAUGCCACGCCUUGGGCAAGUCUUUGUGGAAGAUCUUGAGGAAGUGAAGGACACAAAGGAAGUGCAGGAAGAAACCAGUUUUUAUGUCUCAACUAGUGUUCACAAGGAGUCAUCAAAGGCCAAGAAAAGCACAAGCUCUUCAUCGUUCCAUUCCACUGUGAGUUCCAUGUCACAGAGGACUCCUCAGAAUGACACAGUGAUAACAUCCAGAGAGGGGAUCAGGCAGCUGCCUGCUACUAUCUCCACACCUUCACCAGCCUACAGACCGCAACUUGCUGACGUCAGUGUUACUGCAGCCAGGCCCUCCACAUCCUCUGCUGCAGCCUCGAUGCUCAGCUCCCCACUAAGUCUCCAACACCGCAUGACUGCUGAACUCACUUACCUGGAUGCUAUAGAAGAGUCCGUCCGCCAGCUAUCGGAGAUAGACAGGACCCGGGGAAUAGCCCUUGCUCAACAAGAGACUGUAUCAUUGGCUCAGAUCCUAAAGGCCCAGCAGCAAAGACAUGAGCAUGACCUAGCCCUGCUGAAGUUGAAGGCCGAACAGGAAGCUGCUGCAAGUCAGAGGCAGCUGGAGGAGGCCAGACAGAAAGCUGUACAGGCACAUACAGAAUCUCUGCAGCAGUUUGUACAAGUUCGCCAAGAGAUGCUGCAAGAGUCCACAACUAAAAUGAUGACUCAGCAGGUGGAAGUUGCUAGGCUGGCGGCUGUUACAGCACGUCAGGUUAAAGAGAUGACUGAGUUGGCAUGUGCGCAGGUUGCUGGAGGAUCUCUGACUGCCACAAACCUACCUCAUGGAACAGCUCCUGUGCCAGUGACAGUGCUGUUGGACCAACAGAGGCAGCAGCAUUCAGACUUCAUGAACCAACUUCGAACCAGAGCUGAACCUGACAGAAAGAGUGAGUGCAGCCCAACACCAGGUGGAUCUGCAGAGAAACUGCCGGACACUAAAAUGCAUAACUCCGCUUCAUUAGACAGUCUGUCUGAUUCAUCCAGACUCAAACAUCAUGAUCGGAGCAACAGCAGCAGCAGCAGUAGACAAGACAGCCCUUCUUUGCCAUUCUUGGAGAAAAGCAGAACCUCCCGCUGUACAAAGGGAAAUAGCUCUAUUGAAGAGGUGGUUCAAACAGCAGCAGACGACUCGAUCCACAGUGACAGUAUGCCUUCAUUACCUGAUGAGAAAGACUCUGCUUCUGUUGCCACUGAGUACUCCCUUAAGUUCGAUGAGUCUAUGACUGAAGAUGAGAUUGAAGAGAAAUCCUUCCGUUCCCUUCUGCCAUCAGAGAGCCAUCGCCGCUUUAAUAUGGAGAAGAAACGCAGCCAGCAGGAUGAUUCCGAUGAGGACAUAGUGCAGGAUCAAUCGGCUUCAGUAGCUGUAAAACAUGAUUUGAGCAUGCCCUUCUCUGGGGGACAAGACAGUUUCUCUAAAUUCACCAUGGAGAUGGUGCGACAAUACAUGAAGGAGGAGGAGAUGCGUGCACAGCACCAGGUGUCACUCCUCAAACUUCGAGAACGAGCCUUGAAGGAGAAGACCAAAGCAGAGCUGGCCUGGUUGGAGCACCAGAAAAAACGCCUUCGAGACAAGGGAGAAGAUGACAAGAUGCCACCCAUCCGUAAGAGACAACGUGGGCUUCUGCUCAGGCUGCAGCAGGAGCAGGCUGAAAUCAAGCGUCUUCAAGAAGCCAACAAGGCUGCUCACAAGGAAAGGCAGAUGAUUCUGAAACAGCAGGAGGAGAUUCAACGUAUGCGCCAGACCACCAUCAAAAUUCAGGAGAAACUCAAAUCAGCUGGGGAGAGCAAGUUGGUUCCAACUCGACAGGAGCAGUGGAAUGCAGAACAACCAGAAGUGGAGAAUGUUUCUAAAGUGAGCCCCACUUCCAGUCCCCUGCAAACAGAUAUGGAGACGCGAAGUCCCUCCCCUGUUUCGAUUUCAGGCAGUGAGACCAGCAGCAUCAUGCAAAAACUGAAGAAGAUGCGCAGUCAUAUGGAUGAAAAACACUGCUCUCCUGUCCACUACUUCUUCUCUGUCUUUACGUCUCAUCACUGGGCUUCUCUCAGUGUCUGUUUUCCCAACCUACAUCCCAAAUUCCAGCUGUACAUCUACAACCAGCUGGUCAGGUUCCUCACUAAACGGGAGCAGAAACUGAUGCAUCGACGACGGCAUGCAGAGGAGCUGCUGGAGUGGAAGCGGCGGCUUGAUGCUGAGGAAGCUGCGAUCCGGCAAAUGGAAAAACAGGCUCUGGCUGCUUGGGACAAGGAGCUCAAACCAAAAAUGGUGAAGAGAGAGGCAAGCGAGAAGAUUCCCGAAUCGAAAGACACAGGCAGUGAGGAAGAAUGUCCUGCACCACCUUGCUCCCAGCCCCACAGUGACAGUUCAAUUCCUGAGGAGGUUAGAAGUUCACCUGCUCAGACUCUGGAAUCACCAUCAGCAGCCCUUCGGAUGGCCACUAGUCCUGACCAUAGUAUUUUCACAGAUGAUGCUUAUUCCCAGGAUUUUGAAUCUGUCGCAACACACAGUAAACAGUCUCCUUUGUCAAAAGUGACUGAGAGUACAUCGAAGCAAGAUGGCCAGAAAAUCAGCUCCAGCAUCCGUGUGCAUGACAGACCUAUUCUAAAAUCCCGCCAAGCAUCUGGCAGCUGGUCUGAUGAAUCUGUUUCUGUGACACAAUCAGAAACUACGUCAGACCAGAGUGAUAUUGAGAUCAGGAUCCGUGCACUGAAGGACGAACUUAAGAAGCGCAAGUCCAUUGUGGACAAGCUGAAGAGAGAGCAGAAAAAACGUCAACAGGAGCGGUUGAAAGCCCAGGAGGCCAGCCUCAUCAAACAGCUAGAGUCCUAUGAUGAGUUUAUUAAGAAGACCGAAGCUGAACUCAGUAAAGAUCUUGAUAUUGCCAGCUCAAGCUCAACCAAACCACAGAUUAAAACACUGUAUUCCACUGCUACUGAGAAGCCGAAGAUUAAACCGCGCUCUCUGCAGAGGACUGAAUCUGCAAAGAGCUGGAAAUCUCUUACUGAGAGUGAAAUAUCCAAAGCAUCACUGGGCCCCAUUACAAAGCAGGAUCAAAGAUCGUUGAGUCCAGAUGGGCAGAAAUCCAACUUGCUCAGCGAACUGUAUGCAUCAGAUCGAAGCAAGUCUGCAGUCUUCGAUAGUCGACCUGAUGACUCCUCUAGGAGUCCUUCUCCAGUUUUCAAAUGUCAUUUGAAAUCUCGACCUGACUUUGUUGAAGGGCUGGAUAAUGUGGCAGGAGCUCUUGAAUAUAGUCGUAUGCCAGAUCAGUUGGCAUUUAGGCCAGAGGAUGGUUCUGGUGAUGAAAGUGUUGUGUCCAGUCAUCAAUCUGGGCAAGAUGAUAUCCAGGAGGAACUUGAUCAUCUAAAAUCAGAAGACUCUGAUGUCGAGGAUGUACUAGGCCUGUCUCGGCAAUCUGAUCAAUCUGAACCCUUGCUGAAAUUAGACAUUGAGAAACUACAGCACAUCAACAUCCCUGAGCAUAUUAAGGAAUUGACUCCACUAAACAGAGUCCUAUCUGAUGACACAGAACAGCCUUUAGUAGCUGAGCUUGUUGAGGACUUGAAGGAUGAGGAAUAUUACUUGCACAAGGACGGCUAUCCUGAUGAGGAGGACGGUGCAAGUGAUCAUUCAGCCAGUUCUGUGAAGAUUGUCAGAUCAGUUAAGUCGGGCACCUUCAUUGCAUCUGCGCUAUCUGACUCUGGAGAAUUGAAAAGAACUCCAUCAGAGAAUGAUUCGUAUUCUCAAGAUUUUGAGUACCUUUCCCAAGGAAAGGAAGCAACUUACUCAGAAAAUUUUGAGUCAUUGCUAAGGAGGAAUGAAGACCUCGAUGAAAGUUUACACGGUGGGAGUUGCAAAGCUGGCCUGGAGUCUGCAGAAGCCCUUUUGCUAAGAAUCAAAAUCGCCAGUGACAAAAAUCUCACUGAGGCCCAAGUGCUCUCCUGUCCUGAGCAUUUCAAGCAGGAGGGAAUGAAUGAAGGGGAGAAGCUUUCUCGAAGUGUUUCACCAAGUAUCAGUGUGGAUGAUGAAAUCAGUGAGCAGCCGGGUGAGAAAUACUCUCCCAGCUGUGGUAGCGUACACUCAGAACAACUUGUAGACUUAAAAUCACCAACUGAGAAGAGCAGAAAUGAAGAGCAAAGUGAUGCUAGCAAUGAGGAACAGACUCCCAUGCCAUCACACUCUCCCUCUCCGUGUCACACCCCAACAGCCAUGUUGCCCGAAACCGAUGAGCUGCCUGAAUUUCAAAUUGGUGCAAGAAUUUUAGUUAGUGGCAUCCAACCAGGGACACUUCGCUUCAAGGGCAGAACUAGCUUCGCCAGUGGCUUUUGGUCUGGAGUGGAGCUGGAUAAGCCAGAAGGCAGUAAUAAUGGGACAUAUGAUGGUGUUGAGUACUUCACCUGUAAGGACAAAUGUGGCAUCUUUGCUCCCCCUCAUAAGAUUUCCCUUCUACCUGAACAUUAUGAGGAUGCCAUCGAUACAACAGAAGAUGAAGAGGACCUACUUGUGGCACUUAAAUUAGGUCAAGACUACAAAACAAGUUGUGAUGGAGGAGAAAAGCCAGAGCUUUCAAAAGAAGUAGCAGAACUGCAGGUGGGCGAGUUUGAGCUCAGUAAUACUCCUGGAGAGCAAGUAGACUUCAAGCUCAGUUCAUUUAAAAACAAUUUGAAUGAUCAAAAUGCAAGUGAUCAGUUUCCUGAGCCAAGUAAGUUUGACUUGCUACACAUUAUUAAUGAAUCGAGCAAGGCAGUGGAAACUUUUGGAGAUGACCAAAAUUUAAGAGAGAGCUUGUCCAAGUCUGGUGAGGAGGAACGAUUGGCAAACUUGAGUAAAGACCAGAAUGAAGAAAACAUCAACCAGAAUGAUGUGUUCAUAGAGAAGGCAUCCAAGGCAGUACUGGAGACAGAAACCAAAAUCAACAUCGAUGUGUCUGUGUGUUCUUCCAGUGCACAAAGGGAGGGGUUUUCACUAAGUAUCCAUGAGAACUCUUCAACUCCUCUGUUGGAUUUACUGAACAGGGAAAAGGAGCAACUUGAGGCUCAGUUUAAAGUACCAUUCCUCGAGCCUGAAUCUGAGGAAAUCCAUGAGGAGCACGUGGACAUUAAAGGAGAGGAACCCAAGGAUAAUCAUGAGGAUAGUGAAGACUUUAAAGGAGAUGAUCUGAGGAGCAGUGAUUCAAAGGCCAAUUCUUUGGUUGAUAUAAUACUAUCUUCCUUUGUCAAGGACACUGUUGAACAAUUGCAAGAAAUCAAGAAGUCUCGAGCUGAGAAGAUCCAACUUACUAAUCAAGGAUUACGGUGCAAAUUGGAUGUUGAAUCCUUGCCUAGGUCACCUUCCAAGGAUCGAGAGGAGGAACACAAGACUGUUAUCCAAUUGGAGACAUCUGAAAGAGAUGAUAGUGAUGAUGAUAAGGAGGAAGUAUUAUCUCCAGAUCUUUGUCCCCGACCUGGCAGCCCGGUGUUUGGCACAAGUGGGCAGGAAGAAUUGGCCAAACGCCUGGCAGAGUUGGAAUUGAGUCGCGAGCUGCUCGAUGACCUGGUAGAUGACCAAGAUUGGUUUGAUGAGGACUUUGGGCUGAGCUGUAGCAAAGUGCAGCAGCCAGUGCAGGAGGCCCAGUCUCCAAAGGAUGUGCCUCUGAAAAUCCAGGAGGAACCUUACUUUGCUGUACCUCAUGAUGUUUUAGAGGUUGAGAAGAUGGUUCAUGCAGCGGCUGAGGAGCUGUGGAAGUUGCAGGAACUUGGCCAUGAUCUAGGAGAUCUACAAGUACCGCCAGACUAUCUUGGGAAUAAUAAAUGGAAAGAUGUAGAGAGUGUGAGCAAAAGAGCUUAUUGUGAGCUUGUAUUUAACUUGACUAGAGAAAUUUUCACUGAGAUGUUUUCUGAAGACCCCAGUGCCAGCCAACCUCCAUGGAUGAAGCCCAGCCGAAUUAGCUCUGCUUUCUUCAAACGAGCGAGGAACCCACAGAAUUUAAAUGAAGUGAAGACCUUCAUUUCUAAUGAAGUUCUGAAGUUGUUUGGAUUCAACCAAGAGCAAUAUCAGAAGACAGACUGGCAGAAGAUGAAGAAAUUUGGCAGGAAGAAACGUGAUCGGGUGGACCAUAUUUUGGUUCAAGAGCUUCAUGAGGAGGAAGCCCAAUGGGUGAAUUAUGAUGAGGAUGAACUUUGUGUGAAGAUGCAGUUGGCAGAUGGGAUUUUUGAAGCUCUGAUAAAAGACACAGUAAAUGUACUGAAUCAGAUUCAGGGAAAACAGUUAAAACUCAUGUUAUCCUAACACGGGCCAAGCCAACGGCCAACCUGUGGACUCCAGAAGAAAGCCAAACCUCAUGCCCCGAGCAGAAGAGAAUCCACCUUUGCCUCUAAACUCCUCUCUCUGAUUGAGUUUUGAUAUCUGGCAUAGAAUUUCCUCAAUAAGUAGCUGGUUUGAGAAAUUGAUCCUUACUGGAGUCAGACGACUGGCAGGAUGUGGAUACCAGAAGUGCCAAUCUUUUUCCCGAUCUAUUUAUAUACAACCUGAUCCCAUUUAUUUAUCCAAACUGUAGCAUAGACUUGAAUUCAGAGAAGUUUGCACAUCCAAUUUUUUUGUUUUGCAUUUACAUCUACGUUUACCUUUUUUAAAAAGUAUAUCUAUCUUGUGGUGCUAUGAUAUGUGUUUGGUGUAUGUUAGCUGUGAGAGUUGAAACAAUGGCUGAUAUCAGACACUGAAUCAGACUCCUCUGAGUGAGGAGUACUAUAUCUGCAUGACUGAAGUGGAGGGCAAAAGUAUUGAGGAUUGUAAAAAGUUGCUCUUACUUCAUUACUAUAACUGUUUAUUUUAUUUAUUGGUUUCAAAUUAUUUCAGAAAGGAAAAUUGAUUUUAUUCAUUUAAAUGUUAUUGAUAUUCAUUUUCAGGAAAAAGUUGCAAACUUUGAGCGGCUUUUGAGAUCACUUGCAUUGAUUCAGAACUUUUUUGCAAAAGAAAAAGGUGAUAAUUCAGGUCACAAUACCCUGGUUUCUUGAAGUUAAUGAGUGCAGGGCUUGUGUUCUUUGUAUUAAUUGAUACUCUCUGUACCAACGGUAAAAUGUAUACGUUUGAAGGAAAAUCCCUGGAAUAUCUGACUGUUUAAAAGGUUUUUACUAGAAGCCAUGAAGUACUAACCUACCCACAUGGAUAGGACUGUCUCUGUCUUUCUGCUACGGGAAUCUCUCCUUUUCUCCCUCCUUUCUCACCACUCCUGAUCAUUUCUAUUGCAUGGUGCUUCUGACUGUUAAUUUUUCCUAAUGUUCCUUAAUUUUUGAGUUAUCUCCCUUACUUAAGACAGUACUGAUUGUGAUCAGAGGUUUCCAGCCAUUAAGAAUUUCAGUAGUUAGAUAUCUAAUUAUCUUCCCUGAGCCACUUGCUCCAUUCACUACAUAACUAAAGACACCUGAUGUCGCUGCAUAAAAUUAGCCUUUGCACCUGACCACUCUGCCUGUGACCUAUAAUAACUGGGUAUUUGUGAAAAGUGAAUAUAAAAUGUCUUUCAUUUUAUCGUUCUUUAAUAUACUCACUUGACCACUUUGCAGUUGAUGGGUAGUAAGUGGUGGAUAUUUCAGAGAUAUCAUGUUGAUCUGGCUUAUUUGUGUCUGAGUUUUGCCAUCCUAGUAAGUGAGGGUUCUCUCUCUUUGCUUGAUAGUGGCCACAAGGUGUAGAGAAUACCAGUUGUAACUUGUAGCUUUCUCUUUCAUAUCGAGGGGAUCAUGGUGUUUCGUGGCCAGUUGCUGCACAAAACUCGUUUGCAUGCAGAAAUUCUACCUGACUUAAUUUUCUUAUUUCAUAAGAUCUGAGGCUUCCCUUGAACAGCUCUGAUCCUGCAGCUUAGCACCAUGUGGGGAAUCAAAUCCAAACCUUUUAGUCAGUGGAUUGCUUGCGGGCACCAUGUUCACGUAAAAAUAUUAAUGAUUUAACUAGUUGCUCUAUGAUGCUGAUUAUGUUUGCUUAUAGUUUUUAUGCAAAUUAAAUUUAUUGUUUGUGACCUUGUUGAUUUCAGGCAAGCAGACAUCUUCUAUGCUUACCCUCCUGCCUCCACUUUGACCCCACAUUGAUACAAUAUGUUUACUGGAAUCAACAUGCUGUUGAAAUCAAAGCACAUAAAUUGACCAGACAAGUCAAUGUUUCCAGCUGUGAGCAGGACUUCUUUGCAAGUGGGAAAAUACAGUCAAAAAGAGCAGCAUUUUCCCUUGAGCAACUAGUAAUAAACUUGUAGGAGCAAGUUUCUCAGAGACCUAUCUUUAGCACUACAAUGAUUAAUAUGGCUUUAACUGUGGAGGAGUGCAAUGAUUGCCCUGAAAUCUUGAUGAAAGAUAUCAGCUGAACAGAGGGAAGCCUCCACAUGCAUGUGAGAUGUUCAUUAAAUAGUUGUGAAGGAUUACUCUGGUCAGUAGACAUGCAUAAACACCUUUAGCCAUGCUGCUGCUGCUUGGCAACCAGGCCACAUCUUUCUCCGUGUUUGUUGGUCCUCACUCUGUCUUUUGCAAAGUAUUAGGCAGACACCAACUUGAUGGAUGGUGGUCAACCUCAGACCAUUUCCUUAACUUAACCCACUUUGGCUACAGUACUAAUAGUUUGUCAGGAAUAGCUGGGUUAACAACUGAACUUUACUGGAGGAAAGGUUAUUUCAUUCUGAUCCCAGGUAAGACCACAUCUCUCCCUCAUCUUUACUUAGCAGUGUACCAAAGGAGCUAGGGCAGCACUGCAAACAUCUUUCCCACCAAAUCAGUUGCUUCCAAGUGGGAGUCCCAACUUCAUUUGCCAACGGAGCAGCACAGAAUGCUGGUUCUGAUGCACUUGGUCCUUCAGAUAUAGGGGCAAACCACAGCAUCUGCACCAAGCACUGACGACCCCAACUUGUUCAGUUGUUGGUAUUUAAUCGUCAGUCUGUCCAUAGGGCUCAUGUUUAAAAUGGUUGCCUUAGUUACUUAUAUACUUGAGAAAGCCAGUACUGCGUGUUGUUCGACACCAGUGUUCAGCUGUUUCUUAAAAGAAUAUGAAACCUAUUUAUUAAGAACUUGAAGUUGAAAUGCUGAAGUGCUCAGUGCUGUAGUGGACUGGUCUCCUCAUUACAUUGUACCCAAUCUCUCAUAUUGGGUAAAUUAAUACAGGGAGACUUGCCUCUAUGUACUGUACAGUGCAGUGCUACACUGAGGAAUACUUGACUGUACAAUGUAUAGUGUGUGUGUGUGUGUGUAAAUACUGGUGAAGCAUCCCUAUCUGAGGCAGUGUGCAUCCCUGUUAUAAUUUUGAGGGAUGGAGUGAUGUGAGUAUGGAAAUGUAAAAUAAUGGGUUUUCCCCUCUGUAUACAUAUCUGUAUAUAUAUUUGAUAACAGAUUAAUACUUAAGAAUUUUGU